AGUUUCAAAACGUACAGUAGCUUAGCUUGCCAUCUCUUUCAAACAAUGGCACCUUCGUCGUUUUGUUUGUGUUGAAUAAAGAUUCAAGUGUAGUUAUUUAUUUGUGAAUUUCUUGGAUCCUGGAAUCUCUUCAAAAUGGGAGUUCCAGCAUUCUUCCGCUGGCUCAGCAGAAAAUAUUCUAGCGUCAUUGUGGAGUGUAUUGAACAAAGGCCUACAGAUGUCGAUGGCCAGCUUGUUUAUGCGGACUCAUCCCUCCCAAACCCCAAUGGGGUGGAAUUUGAUAACCUGUAUUUGGACAUGAACGGUAUCAUUCAUCCGUGUACUCAUCCAGAAGACAAACCACCCCCAAAGGAUGAGGAUGAGAUGAUGGUCGCCAUCUUUGAAUGCAUUGACAGGCUGUUCCGCAUCGUCAGGCCCAGGAAGCUGUUGUACAUGGCUAUUGAUGGAGUCGCACCUCGUGCAAAGAUGAACCAGCAGCGCUCCCGUCGAUUCCGUGCCUCCAAGGAGACACAGGAAAAAAUUGAAGAGAUUGCCAGGAUCCGGUCAGAGCUGGAGACAAAGGGGGCAUAUUUGCCCCCAGAAAGGCCCAAAGAGGCACAUUUUGACUCUAAUUGUAUCACACCGGGCACACCCUUUAUGGAUCGGCUUAGCAAGUGCUUGCAUUAUUAUAUUCAUGACAGAUUGAACAAUGAUCCCGGGUGGAAAGGUAUCAAGGUUAUCUUGUCCGAUGCCAAUGUACCUGGUGAAGGAGAACACAAGAUAAUGGACUACAUCCGUAGGCAAAGAGCCCAACCGGACCACGACCCGAACACGCAGCACGUGCUGUGCGGCGCGGACGCCGACCUCAUCAUGCUGGGGCUGGCCACGCACGAGCCCAACUUCACCAUCAUCAGGGAGGAGUUCAAGCCGAACAAGCCUAGACCGUGCGAUGUUUGUGGACAACUUGGCCAUGAGAUGAAGGAAUGCACGGGCACAACUCCUGAUGUGUCACUGGUACGGUCUGACCCAGCAUUCGGUAACCAGGACAGCUUCAUAUUCGUCCGUCUCAGCGUCCUAAGGGAGUACCUAGAACUGGAGUUACAAAUGCCAAACCUGCCCUUUCCGUAUGACUUCGAAAGAGCGUUAGACGACUGGGUGUUCAUGUGUUUCUUCGUGGGCAACGACUUCCUGCCGCAUCUGCCCAGUCUGGAGAUCAGGGAGGGGGCCGUAGACCGGCUGGUCAAUUUGUACAAGAAGUGCGUUUAUAGGACUAAGGGCUGGAUCACGGACUCCGGCGACGUGGAGCUGGAGCGCGUGCAGCUGAUAAUGUCGGAGCUGGGCCGCGCGGAGGACGAGAUCUUCCGGCGGCGGCGCGCCUCCGAGCUCAGCUUCCAGGCCCGCGACCGCGCCAAGAAGCGACACCAGAAGGUCAACUUUGGGCUGCUGGAGAAGACGCAGUUUGCUCCUGUGGCAGUAGGUCAAGGGGGCUCCCGAGGGAUGGAGAAUGUGCGGCAAGAGGCCGCUAACAUCCGGCUGGCGGGCAUGCAGGCCGUCGCUGAGCAAGAGCAACAGACCCGCGGCCGCAAGAGAUCAGCACAGGAGGCGGAACUAGAUGAAGUCGAUGAUGAUGACAAACACGACGAAGUGAGGCUGUGGGACGAGGGGUUCAAGGAGAGGUACUAUGAGAGCAAGUUUGAGGUGGCCAGAGACAAUCUGGAGUUCAGGUACCGCGUGGCGCUCCAAUACGUGCGCGGCCUGUGCUGGGUGCUCCGCUACUACUACCAGGGCUGCGCCAGCUGGAAGUGGUACUUCCCGUACCACUACGCGCCCUUCGCUUCAGACUUUGUUAACAUCUGCGGUUUGUCCACCAAGUUCGAGAAAGGAACACAACCUUUCCGUCCCCUGGAGCAGUUGAUGGGUGUGUUCCCGGCCGCCAGCUCACAGCACGUGCCCAAACCCUGGGCCAAACUCAUGAGUGACCCUUUUUCUCCCAUCAUCGACUUUUACCCCACUGAUUUCAAGAUCGAUCUUAACGGCAAAAAGUUCGCGUGGCAGGGCGUAGCCCUACUGCCCUUUGUGGACGAGUCGAGGCUCUUCAAGGCACUGGAGCCCUAUUACAGUGACCUUACACAGGCAGAAAUACAACGCAACAUCCGGGGACACGAUCGCCUGUACGUCUGCACCGGAAACAAGAGUUACGAAUUCCUCCUGGGGCUGUACCAGGAGGCGGGGCAGAAGCUGCGGAAGCUGAUCGAGAACGGACAGAAGUACCCCUUCAGAUGCGAGGGGGUGCGGGGGGAUGUCAUGCUGAGCGCUGACAAUGUCGUUAUUGGAGGACAACUGGCGUCCCCGGUCAUCGGGCUGACCCCUGUGCUGGGCAACCACGUGGUCUGCGUGAGGUACCAAGACCCUCAGUAUCCUGAAGACUUCGUCUUCCCCGCGCGGAGGCUCAAGGCGGCCGUGGAGCCGCCCAGAGUCCUCAAGCCGGGAAACCUGCCCCACGAGGAGAACAGGAACUGGCGGCCGCAGAUUGGUAUGGUGCGGUCUCACACGGUGGCUUCAUUGGAGCUGGCUGGACACAGGAUGCUGGGGCAUUCGAUACCCAGGGACCGCGCAUAUGGCAACGUACCGCCGCCUCAGCACAAUCGUUCACACUCGUUCGGGCCACAGCGCAGUGGUUACACCCCCUACAGCAGCCAGGGCGGCUAUAGCCAGGGGGGUUACAACCAAUCCCAGAACUUCCAGAACUUCAACCGUUCAGGUUACGGCAACCAGAGGCAAGGGAACCAGUACUACCAGGAUCGGAACAACCAAUAUGGAAACCAAGACAGAUACGGAAACCAGAACAGGUAUAACAAUCAGGGUUCGUUUAACAGAGGUCAAAGUGGGUACCAGUCAAGCCAAGGUCAAGGUUACCAGUCGAAUCAGAGGAAUAAUCAGGGAUACAGCUCCCAGGGGCAAAGGAGCCGUUUCCAAGGGAAUUCUGGUGGAAAUCAGAGUGGGUGGCGUUGAUAGAAAAUUUAAGGUGAUAAAAUAUGUUUGGCCUUGUCCAGUCCAAAAGGGUUACCACAAAACAUUAAUACGCGGCACGUCAUCAUAAACAUCAUUAACGUCCAUGCGGACGUUAAUAACUGUUAAUAACGCUGUCUUUUCCAUAUCGUGUACGCAUCGUGUAUAAAUAGUGAACGUGUGGACGCAAUAACGUGCUACGUGUUUUACGUUUCAUGGUAGCCACCCAGAAUUUUCCAUAUUAAGAAAUUGAAAUAUGUAAAUAAAAUAUGACGAUUUCCAUUUAGUAUAAUUUAUUUUUUAGUCAUUCUCCAAGGUUGGCUAGCAGAGAAUGCUUGUAAUAUUAAAUCUGCUCUUUGUACGAAUUUGUUAAUAAAUUUGAAUAAUUAAUAUAAACAGAUGAAAGUCGUCGCCUGUUCCGAUUUAGAUACCGCUGAUAUAUAUGUGAAAAUGAGACAAAAUUAUUGCUCUCAGUUCAUAGUACUAUCUUUCUAUACCUAGACGACAUUUAGAUAUUAUUGCGAAGAAUAUAAAAUGAAGGAGUGAGUAUUCUUAUCGGGGUUUUUAUUGCUAACACUGAUAUCAGAUCUUAUUGGUCGUGUAAAGCCAUCUGACACGAUUUGGAGUGCGGUAUCUAUAGACGAAACGCGCGUAGAUUUUCUAUAUCGAAAUUAUAAGACUUGUAAAACUUUAUAGAAUUUGUUAUGUUACUAUUUACAUACAGUUUUGAUUCUUCCCGCAAUUGUAAUUUACCGAUAUACCUAUAUGUUACUAGACUGCUAGCUUAGAGCCAUGAUUGUUUGAGUUUGGGUCAUAAAUUAAUUAGUAGAAAAGUGUGAGAGAUUUGUAAUGGUUUUUUUUUUACAUUCAGUGAGAUAUCAUGAAAUAUGUUGUUGAAAAAUGUUGUGUGGGUAAUAUACCCACACAACAAAUUCAAUCUUAACCACUGUGCAAUAAGGACCAUUGUAUUUUUACAGUAUAUAGUGGAAUAACAGAUAAAAUUUAUUGUAACGAGGGUUAAAACGUUCUUCGCAAAAAUGUCCCCCGAAGGGACGUUCUUCAAGCGCGUAUGAAUUCGCGUAAACUAUACAAAUAUUUUGCAUUCCUAAUUGGAAUAAUGGUGAACAAAGGAAAACAGGUGGAAACCCAAGAAGCGGUGGUGGUGUAAUGGUUAAGACACCCGCCUGAGUGUCGACAGGUCCCAGGUUCGAAUCCUACUCGUGCCACAUGAGUUUGUAUACCAAGCUGACUCGUGUAUAGUAGUUUUCAUCGACCACCACUUGCUUCCGGUGAGGGAGGCAAUGGCAAACGACUCCAUUAUUAAUGCCAAGAAAGUUGUUACGUGUGUUUCAUUCCAUGUAAUGACCACGACCCCAGUCAUGAGGAAUACGACUAUGAAUAAUUUGAAUAAUAAAAAUAGUUAAAAUUAUUGAGUAGAUGUUUUUGACAUUUGUAAAAUUCAAGUUAGGUUUAUGAUUUAUGCAAUAUGGCACGUUUGUGAGGUUGAUUUAUUUGGGAAUAAAUAAAUGAGGACAAACCACACAGAUUGAGCUAGCCCCAAAGUAAGUUCGAGACUUGUGUUAUGGGAUACUAACUCAACGAUACUAUAUUUUAUAACAAACACAUAUAUAGAUAAACAUCCAAGAUCCGGGAUCCAAUCAGAAAAAGAUCGUUUUCCAUCAUGACCCGACCGGGGAUCGUACCCGGGACCUCUCGGUUCAGUGGCUAGAAGGUUUACCACUGCGCCACCGAGGUCGUCAAUGUAAAGUGUUAUUGCGUCUUUGUCACUCUUGAACGAAGACCAAGAAAAUUAUAGAUACGAGGGCAGAGUGAGAUAGAACCAUUCAUUAAGUAGAAACAAUCACACGAUGAGUCAUGUCUCUUUGUCAAAAGUCACAGGUAUCCGGCUAUGCAGGCAGAGUGAACGCCAAUCAUACAACAGUGACCUAGACGUUUUAAAAUAUUAAUUUACAGGACAUAGUUUAUGUAAACUGUGGCGAAAUGGACAAGUCCAUCAUAUCAAAGGUGUCUGAGUGAGACAAACUGAACACUCAUUACGACAGCGUCACGCAGCGUACCUAAAACCAAACUAUGAUAACUCGAUUCAAAUAAAUGAUAAACGCAUAGGUAAAAUCAUAGGAAUGUCGUGGGUGUGUUCGGCGUAUUCGGCGUGUCGACUCGGCGAAUUAUAUCUGCGAAGACCAAUUAGAAGCUACCCGAUACAGCAGUAUCUGAUGAUACUCGAUUUUGACACACCAGUAAUGGCAGACCCACUAGUGGGUCAGUUUGAUGCGUACUUAAAGACGGGACCUAAAUCUUUGUUGUAUGAUUAGCGCAUUUGUAAACCUUGAUUGGACAUAAUAUGUCAGAUAAUUUAUUGAUGUAUGAAUAAAUAAAUAACACAAAUCGAUGUCGGUGCCAUAA